AUGUCUAGGGCAACCAACGAGACCGAGAAAGGACCAGAGAAAGCAGAUUAUAUCACCGGUUUGAAGCUGCAUAUCGUUCUGUUCGGUUUGACCUUGGUCGGCUUUGUUAUCAUGCUUGACCAGACCAUUGUAGCGACAGCCAUCCCACGAAUUACCAACACCUUCAAUUCAAUCAAAGACAUCGGCUGGUAUGGAUCGGCAUACAUGCUCUCAUUAGCCUCCUUACAACCUCUAUACGGGAAGAUAUAUCAAUACUACAGCUCCAAAAAUGUCUUCCUCGUCGCCCUCGCAUUAUUCGAAAUCGGCUCCCUGAUCUGCGCCCUCGCGAACUCGUCGGAUUUGUUCAUCGUCGGGCGAGCUCUUGCUGGAACUGGGGGCGCUGGCCUCCUUCUUGGUGUUCUGACGAUACUGGCAGCGUCUGCUCCGCUUGAUAGACGCCCAAAGUAUCUCGGCAUAAUGAUGGGCUGUGCAGCACUCGGUCUAGUAUGCGGACCCAUCUUUGGCGGUCUCCUCACAGAAAGAGUUACCUGGCGCUGGUGCUUUUACAUGAAUCUCCCCGUCGGCGGUAUAACAGGAGGAAUCCUCGCUUUCAUGCAUAUACCGGAUUCGAAGCAGGCGGAUUCGCAUCUGGCGACGAGAGAACAGAAGGGGAAGAGACUUGAUAUUCCUGGCUUCAUUUUGUUUACGCCGACGAUCAUUAUGCUGUUGUUGGCGCUGGAAUGGGGUGGUGUUACGUAUCGGUGGAAUUCGUCGGUUGUUAUUGGGUUGUUUUGUGGUGCUGGUGUUGCAUGGAUUAUCUUCUUGCUUUGGGAGAGGAGGCAGGGCGAGGGUGCAAUGAUCCCCCUCGAACUCUUCACCCACCGCAUCACCAUCUGCUCAGCACUAACUAUGAUGCUGGCCCAAGGCCCCCUCCUCCUCGUGAGCUACUACCUGCCUGUCUGGUUCCAAGUAGUGAAGAACGUCUCUCCAAUCAUGAGCGGCGUCUUUUACAUGCCCUCAGUCGGCACUCAAAUGAUCAGCUCAGUUCUCACUGGAAUCCUAACAUCAAGACUAGGCUACUACACCCCCUUCGCCACCCUCGGCAUGAUAGCAAUAACCCUCUCCUGCGCUCUCUUCACAACCCUCACCCCGACCUCCAGCAACGUAACCUGGAUCAUGUACCAAGUGAUCGGCGGUCUCGGCCGCGGCAUGGUAUUGCAACAGCCUUUGACUGCCGUCCAAGCUGCACUGCCUCCCCCUAAAGUCCCCGUUGGCACAGCGUUCCUCAUGUUCUGUCAAGUCCUGUCAGGAGCACUGUUCAUCUCUUUCGGACAAACUGUUUUUUCGAACCAGCUUGGACCGGCAUUGGCGAGAUAUGCGCCGGAUGUCAAUGCUGCUUUAUUGUUAAAAGUCGGAGCCACUAAUUUUAGGAGUGUGGUGAGUGAGGAGAGUGUAGGGAGGGUGGUGCAGGCUUAUAAUCUGGCGUUGACGAGGGUUUUUUUUCUUGGUGUAGGUGCUUCGAUCGGGAGUUUCUUUGCUAGUUGGGGGAUGGGAUGGGUUAAUUUGAAGACGAAGAAGAGGGAAGAUGAGGAGGCUGCGAAUCGGGCGAAGACUGAGAAGGAGGAGGAGAAGGAGAAGGAGGAGGAAAAGGAGAAGGAGGAGGAGAAGGAGAAGGAGAAGGAGGAGGAGGAGGAGAAGGAGGAGAAGGAGGAGGAGGAGGAGGAGGAGAAGGAGGCGGGUGAUGUGUUUGCGACCGAAAGCUAG